AGAGAGAGAGAGCGUGUGUUGUCCUUUUCAAUUACCGCAGGCAGCACGCUGGGCGCUUCUGAGCUGCAGCUCCUGUAGAGCCAGAACAGCGAGUUUCUGUAGAUAUUACUCAGCUUUAUUCUAUUCCUAUCGCGUUUAGGAGGUGAAAAACAAACCCAGGACGUGUUUCGGAUAAGCCUUUUUUCUUUAGAAGAGAGUGUUUAUGGUUUGGACUGAAGAUCUCACCAUGUCUCGUACCGACGACGUUCACCGCGUUACGGAGAAUGUCUACAAGACCAUCAUGGAGCAGUUCAACCCCUGCUUGCGGAACUUUGUUGCCAUGGGGAAGAACUACGAGAAAGCUCUCUCCACUGUGACAUUUGCAGCCAAGGGCUACUUCGAUGCUCUGGUGAGGAUGGGAGAGCUGGCUAGCGAGAGCCAGGGAUCCAAAGACCUUGGGGACGUGCUCUUUCAGAUGGCUGAGGUCCACCGGCAGAUACAAGUGCAGCUAGAGGAAAUGCUGAAAUGCUUCCACACUGAGCUGCUUUCAGAGCUGGAGAAGAAAGUGGAUCUGGAUGCCAGAUACCUGACUGCGGCUCUGAAGAAGUACCAGAUGGAGCACAAGAGCAAAGGCGAGAGCCUGGAGAAAUGUCAGGGGGAGCUGAAGAAACUGCGUAGGAAGAGCCAGGGCAGCAAGAACCCAUCUAAAUACAACGACAAGGAGCUGCAGUAUGUGGAGACCAUCAACACUAAGCAGAACGAGCUGGACACUUUCAUCGCAGAGGGCUACAAAACGGCUCUGUCGGAGGAGCGCAGGAGAUACUGCUUCCUAGUGGACCGCCAGUGUGCUGUGGCCAAGAACAGCAGUGCCUACCAUGGAAAGGGCAAGGAUCUGCUCACCCAGAAGAUCCCAAUGUGGCAGCAGUCCUGCUCCGAUCCCAACAAGCUCCCAGAGAGGGCCAUGUUGCUAGUGCAGCAGAUGGUGUCUGGCUCGAACCCCCUUCUCUCCAGCCCACUGCAUUCCUCUAAGGGCAACCUGGUCAUCUCAGAUCCAAUCCCCGGCGCUCAGCCCCUGCCUGUGCCCCCUGAACUGGCGGCCCUCAUGGGCCACCAAGGCAGACUGAUGGGGCCUGAUGGCAUGUCUCUGGUCAAUGGUACAACAGGAAUGCAAGGGGAGGAGUACUGGGCUGAAGGGGGCGUGUCUCAGGGUAGACCUGCCUCCCCACAGCCUCAAUCCCAGACUCAGCCCCAGAGGCAGGUCAGCGAGGUUUACUCCAACACCCUGCCUGUCCGUAGACCCCAGCCCGCUAAGAGCAAGGCCACCGUGGGCGAGACACGGACUCUGCCCAGGUCUAGCUCCAUGGCGGCAGGACUGGAGAAGAACGGACGCUCACGUGUGCAGGCCAUAUUCUCUCAUGCUGCUGGUGAUAACAGCACGCUGCUCAGCUUUACUGAAGGGGACAUCAUCACCCUGCUGGUGCCUGAGGCUCGGGAUGGUUGGCAUUAUGGAGAGAACGAGAAGAACAAGAUGAGAGGCUGGUUCCCCUUUUCCUACACACGGGUGUUACCCGACAGCGAUGGUGACAAGCUACGAGUUAAUCUACAUCACGGGAAGAGCAGCAGCACGGGGAACCUGCUGGAGAGAGACGACACGUCUCUGCCCAUGCCUGACUACGGUCUGACCGCCCGUCUGUUGGCUCAGAGCCUCACACAGAAUCGCCCGCGUCCCUACAGCAUGGCUGGCUUCACACAGCCAGCAAUUGAGGAUUAUGACAGUCGUUUUGCCACAAGUUUGGGUCCUGAAUUGUCCCGGUUCUGAGUGUACAGGACCUCCUGACCGCACCCUGGAGGUAUACCUCAGAUCAAGCUUGAUGGACGGCCACGCAGCUCCACUCUUCUACUAGCGCAGCCUGUUCGCAGGCCUGCUCUCUACCACCUGAAAUAAUAACACGGAACCACAUGCUUAAGACUCUAUAUAUAGGGCAACUGGGGAUAAAUCCCCGGAUCAUAACUUGGGGGAAGGGGGUUCUAGGAGUUAAACAAGUGUUCCGUAUAGCUUCCUAAACAUUGCUGUAUAGUUCUGCAGAAAUGUCAGCUUCCCUCUCAGCUGCUCUGAAGAGAAAUUAGCUGUGUCUGUGGGAAAGGUUUCUAGAUCACUGCUCAUAUUCAGUCCCAUUAUGGUGAUAUACAGUCGUAUGUGUUGGUUAAGGGUUUUGAUACAAAAUUUAAGAAAUAAUUCAGAAAAAAAAGCUAGUUAUAUCAAAAGGCAAAUGGUUUGCCCUUGUGAAAAUGUAAUGAUUGAGUAUAGAUCAUUUAAAAAUUUUUUCUUUCAUCCUUUAUUUAUCUGUUGUUGCAGUAGGCCUUGGGCUUUCUCACCUUUAGUUGCGGUAAGAUUAGCGCUCCAGUUUAUUUUAGAUGUUGAAUAAAAAGUGAUCUGAUUUUCACUUUGGAAUUAAGGCUCCCUUCUGACAUUUGCUAUAGCUGCUGUAAAUUUGAAGCUUUAUUUUGGGGAACUGGUGACCCAGUGGUGAAGGCUCUGAGCUACUGAUCACUUCAAAUCCCAGCAUUGCCCCCCCCCCCCCCCCCCCCCAAAAAAAAUAAAAUAAAAUAAAAUAAAUAAAAAAAAAAAAAUAAAAAAAAUAAAAAUAACCACAGUUCGGCCCUUGACCCUUAACUUCUCAGCUGAGUUGCAGGUCGCUGUGAAUGAAAGUGUUCGCCAAAUGAAUAAAUGUAAAUAUACUUUGGAAAAGGCUCCGUCCUCCUGAUGCCUUUAUACUGGGGAGACUUCAGUAAUGAAAGUGUCGCUGCACUCAUCUCUACUGCUUCAGUGUAAAGCUCUAGCGGUUUCUCUGUGUGUUUCCUGGUAGGGAAGCUUGUACAGUGUAUUUUCCACCAGGGGUUUGUGCCUUCUACUGCUUUAGAUGUUCUAGCUUUGAAAAAAUAAAAGCCAAAUAUUCAGAGGCAAAGGGGAAAUAUACAGAUUUUUGUAUUUAUGUUUUGCUUUUUAUUAUAGACACCACAAAAAAUUUUUUUUUGUGUUUAUUACCUACUUUGGGAGGAAAAAAAUCAAUAUAAACAAUAUUGUUUGUUCGAUCGCAUUAAUACAGCUUCUGAAUUAGAUUUGUGGGCUUAUGAGCACAUUCAUAAUUGCUUAAAAUGUACUAUUGGUGUAAAUAGAUCUUUUUCUCAAUUUUCUUGAUAAGUACAUCUUCAGUGAGUGCUUCAUCCUGGUCAGGGUCAUGGCAGGAGCCGGUGCCAAUCCUGGGAACAGUGGGCAUAAGGCGGAAUCCUGGAUGGGAUGCCAGUUCAUCACAGGAAACCAUUCACACAUUUAGGGACGAUUUAGAGUUUCCUGUCACCUACCACCCUGUUUUUUGGGAUGAGGGAAGCUGGAGAAUGGGGAGGAAACUCGCGUAAACACCAUGCACAGAAACUAACGCACGGGCACUAACCCGAGCUCAGGAUCAAACCAAGGACCCUUGGUUGUACUACCAUGUCGCCCAAAUGUUAGUAUGUUUAAAAAAAAUAAAUAAAAAAUAUACACUUGUCUGGAGAUCUUGCAUCACUCUUGUGCUUAUUUCAAAAAUAUUCUUUCAACUGGAGGUCAGAACUCCAGCAGAUGUGAACUUUUAAGAUUUAAAUGUUAUUUCUUUGAGGAUUUUUUUUUUUUUUGAGUUGUAUGUGACUUCUCUCUCAUACACAGGGCAUUUCUUGUUCUGUGCUGGAAAAAAAUUACAAUCAUAGAAGAAUGAUGCAGUUGACUAUGAAUUGUGAGAAAUAGCUUAAAAUGCUCAUGCUUAAAUCUUUUGGUUUCAUGAUUUUUUUUUUCUUCCUCUGAACACCUUGAUAUUGUUUAGAUAUAGGUGUCAUCUUGAAAACUUGCAAUUUCUAGUUCUAAAUUCUACUUAAUUUUGAAAGCUUAUGUGUACAUGCAGUAGUAUAUCAUGGUAUUAAUUGAGUGUACUGUUAAGACAGGAAACAUCACUGAAUGUGUGGAAUUGCAGAGCAUUGCGAGAAUGUGUGUGGGGGGAAAAGCCUAUGUUUUUACAACGUCAUCCAUUUUGGCUUUGUCUUUGUUCUGUUCAUUCUUAUUUAUGUUGAUGCAUUUUAUUAAUACAGAUUUCUGUUCUUUGUGAAAUAAAAUGGAUGAAAUCAA